AACGAUAUAAAACAGUCGUAGUAGUGAAUCAAUAUACUUGCCCUUUAUUUAAACGUAUUUUGGUUUUAAAUCGUGUCGUUGGGUAUAUCAUAUAUCUGUCCUUUCAAAAUGCCGGUCACUGAAUGUGAAUCAAAGAAUGAGUAUGAAGCACAACUGGCAAACAAUGGCAGUAAACUUAUCGUCGUAGAUUUCACGACUGCUCGAUGUGAACUCUGCAAACUGAUUAAACCAAAAUUUUAUAAACUUUCGAAAGCUUACCCGCAUGUAGUUUUCCUCAAGGUGGACGUAGAUGAAAACAGUGAAAUUGCUGCAGAAUGGGGGAUCUCGGCUAUGCCAACAUUCAUUUACAUAAAGAAUAGGGGGAAAGUUGACGAACUCGUAGGCACUAAUGCUGUUGAAUUGGAAGCAAAAAUUAAUAAAAACAGAUAAUCAAUCAAGUAGACUUACCAGUGUGUUUUUUAUGAAAACAAUAAAUAUCAUAGCAUA